AUGGCUAAUAUCGUUCGCUCCGCCAAGUCUGGCAGUGACUGGACGCGCAGUGAGCUGGAUUCAUAUCAUAUCACCAUCCAUCAAGUGGACCACCUUUUGUUCUUUGGUUUACAGGAGUUGCCACAACCUGUGAUUGAUCAAGAGCUGCUGAACAUUCUCGAUGCUGACACUAUGCAACAAGAUCGUAACGCGGAGUUGAUCGGGUUGCUUGAUCUCGCCAUGAUCCCCGAUAAGGGCGAAACCGCCGUCGAUGAUUUUGCCGUCGAACUGUUCAAGGUUCUGGGUUAUGUUCGUCGGCAACGAUUGGCGCGCACGAGAGUGGACCUCCCCCUUCUUAUUUGCGGAGGACAACAAUUCGAGCCAGUCAAUGCGCGGGCUCAGCUUGUAGCAGAAGCAGUUGCGGCCUUUAAUGAGAACAACGCACAAAGAGAAUCCAUGGGACUUCCACCAUUGGUCAGCAAGGUCAUGCCUGGCAUCGUAAUGGUUGGCACGUCGCCCGCAUUCUUCAAGAUUCCCGUCACGCAGACCCUGUCGGAUCAUAUCGCUCACGGGACCUAUCCUCCAGCGGAAACACAAGUCACUUAUUGCUAUCCACCUGUCCCUCGUCCUGCUCGUCGGCGAAGUGAAGGGAUGAAGCCUCUUGAUAACAGACGUGAGAUGCUAAAGUGCUAUGAGGCAUUCAAAGCGAUCGUGGGUAUAUGA